AUGCCCUCUUCGGCAGGAGCACCCCGUCGAUCUCAGGAUCAUAGCUGCGAUCAAUGUCGGAAAGGCAAAAGGCGUUGCGAUGCACCGAAGAAUAGCAAGGAGAUGAAAUCUAUUGUGUGCUCUAAUUGCGUGAAGUACAGGAAGGAAUGUACUUUCAAAUGGCUCUCUAUGCGGACAGCAUCGAAGCGACAGCAGAGACGACUCGCUGUUCAACGCCCUGCUGCAACUGGAAGCGGCUCUCAAAGCCCAUAUACAGUCCCCUCAGAGCAAUUUCUGCUGGCCGAGGUUGCCACGCCUUCGCAGUGGCAAGCAAGCAGCCUGCGCAGUGAUUGCAUAACGCCCCCCCAACCUCAAUGGUUCUGCAGAAGGGCAACUUGCCAAUGA